UACUCAUUUCCUUUCCUAGCAAUAACCAUCAAUCCUUUUGUACGCUGGUAGCCCGGUACUAAUGCAAAAGAAUCCGAAAUUUCACUUUCUAGUUUCUAUUCCCUUCAAUAAAAAGGAAAACGAUUUAAUUUCUUUAAAUGGAAAGUUCCGGCAGAGAAGUGGGUGGUGGCCGGCCGACAUUCUGUGUCACCGGAGCAACAGGUUAUAUAGGGUCGUGGCUCGUGAAAUGUCUCUUGCAAAAGGGUUAUAUAGUACAUGCCACUGUCCGCAAUCCCGAGAAAUCAUUCCAUUUAUUGAAUCAAUGGGAAAGCAAGGAACAGUUGAGACUCUUCAGGGCUGAUUUACAAGAAGAUGGAAGCUUCGAUGAGGCAGUGAGAGGCUGUGACGGUGUAUUUCAUGUUGCGGCAUCAAUGGAAUUUGGGGUUCCAGCUUCAGAAAGUGCUGAUCGCUAUGUUCAAACACACAUCGUAGAUCCAGCAAUCAGAGGAACACUAAACGUUCUCAAAUCUUGUUCGAAAACAUCUUCUGUCAAAAGGGUGGUUUUCACGUCAUCAAUCAGCACAAUGACUUCCAAAGACAACUCUGGGAGAUGGGUUCCAGUAGUUGACGAAUCUUGCCAGAUACCUAUUCAACGGGUCCUAGAAACUAAACCAAGUGGCUGGGUAUAUGUACUCUCAAAGCUUUUGACAGAAGAGGCAGCGUUUCAAUUUGCAAAUGAAAACGGCAUCCAUCUGAUAUCAGUGAUAACACCCACCGUAGCUGGCCCAUUCCUCACUCCUGCUGUUCCAGUUAGCAUCCGAGUUCUUUUGUCUCCAAUAACAGGCGAUCCUAGUCUGCUGCCAAUUUUAGCUGCCGUGAACUCGAGAAUGGGAUCGAUUGCUCUAGUUCAUAUUGAAGACAUAUGCAAUGUUCACAUCUUUCUCAUGGAGCACGCUGAAGCAGAAGCUCGAUAUAUAUGCUGUACUGGAAGUUGCUUAAUGUCCAAGCUUGUCGAGCAUCUUAGUAAAGAGUACCCUUCUCCUAACAUACAAAGGCUUGAUGGAGAAGAACAUGAUUCAAUCCCGUCUGAGAUAUCUUCGAAAAAGAUAGAAGAUUUAGGAUUCACUUACAUAUAUGGAAUUGGAGACAUUAUACACGAGACUAUUGGCAGGUGUGUAGCUUACGGCUUUCUACCUUACAUGGAAAGGAAAGAAACUCAGUAGACUAAUGUUGCUAAAAGUACUGUAUGCUUAAAUAUCUCGACUUGUUACUCAGUUUAUCUUUUCCAUUCUGAUCACCUUUGAUUACCGUAUCAGUAUGUAAGCUGAAAGCCGUAAUAUAUUAUCACACAUUUAAUUAUGGACUUCUGCGUGA